GGCGCGGAACCUCCAAGAUGCCGUUCCACCCGGUGACGGCGGCGUUGAUGUACCGGGGCAUCUACACCGUGCCCAACCUGCUGUCGGAGCAGCGCCCGGUGGACAUUCCUGAGGACGAGCUGGAGGAAAUCCGAGAGGCCUUCAAGGUGUUUGACCGGGAUGGCAAUGGCUUCAUCUCCAAGCAGGAGCUGGGCACAGCCAUGCGCUCCCUGGGAUACAUGCCCAACGAGGUGGAGCUGGAGGUUAUCAUCCAGCGGCUGGACAUGGACGGUGACGGCCAGGUGGAUUUUGAGGAGUUUGUGACGCUCCUAGGACCCAAGCUUUCCACCUCGGGGAUCCCAGAGAAGUUCCAUGGUACUGACUUCGACACCGUCUUCUGGAAGUGCGACAUGCAGAAGCUGACAGUGGAUGAGCUGAAGCGGCUGCUCUAUGACACUUUCUGUGAGCACUUGUCCAUGAAGGAUAUAGAAAAUAUCAUCAUGACGGAGGAAGAGAGCCAUCUGGGCACAGCUGAGGAGUGCCCCGUGGACGUGGAGACCUGCUCCAACCAGCAGAUCCGCCAGACGUGCGUGCGUAAGAGUCUGAUCUGCGCCUUUGCCAUCGCCUUCAUCAUCAGCGUCAUGCUCAUCGCGGCCAACCAGGUGCUGCGCAGCGGCAUGAAAUAGGCACUGCUGGGCACUCUGUCUGGUGUAUGUGUUGCCCAGGCCGCUCCACACCCACUGCCGCCUGCAGCCCUCCCCCUCUGCUGGCUCAUCCACUUGUACUUCAGGGCCUGGAUGUCUGGUGACCCCACCUGUCUUGCCCCAUGGGCCUUGCAUGGAGCUGUGGCCUGGCUGUGGAGGAUCUGGUGGUGGCUCCAAGUCAGCCCUUGGCCCCCAACAUCUUGCCUGUGCCCCCACCCUGGCCUGUAUGUAGCGCUACUCUUCCCACUAUCUGGGGACCCCUGGGAAAUUGAGGGAUUUGUACAGGGACCCCCAAGACCCAGUCCCUGCUGUGGUCCCAAAGGCAGGAAAGGCAACCCCUGUGCAGAGAGGGCAGCCAUCGGCCUAGGGCCACAAAGCCAACCCUAGUUCUGGUCUGUGAGGUUUGCCCUGAGCUAUGGGCAAGGCAGUGGUAGCAGGGGACCGAAAACCUCCUCUUGGAAAAGGGCACAAGGCUGUGGUCUCCUGGGUUCCUUCCUUUGACCCUCCAUAGACCCAAACCCAGCCCUUCCCACCCCACUAUGCACCUGCUGGGGUGAAGCCUGCCCAUUUCACAGGUGAGAAGCCUGAAGUCCAUGGGCCUGAGACCUGACCUCAGGUUUUCCCCCAACAGGGAUGUUUAAGAAAGGCAGAAGCUCAUGGAGGAUGGAGCAUCUGAGGUGGUUCUAAGACCUCCAAUCUUCUGGGCCCCCCACCAUAGGCCCAAUGAUCAAGGACCAUAUUACCCCCCAGAACUGUAGUCCAACUGAGGAAGCAGCCUCAAGCCCAAGCAGCCUGUGUGACCUCCCACCAGUCAGGGUGCUCCUCCAGCAGGACCAUGGGAGGGCCUCUGGGCCAGGGGGUGGCACAGCCCAGUGCCGUCAGUGCCAGCUCAGAGCCUGCCCUCCUGUUCCCCUCCCACUUAUCUGACCUCCAGGCCAGAGACUCAGCUCCUGCUUUGUCCCUCGUGUGCCAUCCCCAAUGCUUGGAACCAGCUCAGCAUGGGGAGGCAUAGGGGCUGCGAAUUCUGCCAGAACUGGGGUGGCAGGUGGAGUCCUUGGCCUCCUGUCAUCAGGCCUGGGCACACCCAGGCGACAGGCACAGCCACACUGGCACACCCUCUGCCCAGCUGGGCUGAGCCUCCACUGGUCCUCAAGGGAGAAGGGCUGCAAGCACCAUUACGCUGGAGAAGACCUGGUCCCACCCCUGCCCUCUGCACCCCCUCACCAUUGGCUGCAGAAUGGAGCUGAGAAUGCCGGCAGGGGGCAACACACUCAAACCACCAUGGGGACAAACUUUCUUUAUAAACAUCUGGCAGUUUUCUUGCUCAUCUUCUCAAGACAUCCCAUGAGGGAGGUCAGGAUGGUGAAUGGGGCUGCAGCUGCUAAAGGGGCUGCUGAGCCUUGGGGAAGUCAAGGCCGCGGUCUUGGGGUUCCUUGGGAUAGAGCAAGAAGGGGGGUUGGCCUCCCUGGUAUAAACAAGUGUUUUCAUUGUGAAGGAUGAGACAGCUGACCAGUGGGAGUUAAGCAUGGGUAAGGGCCUCAGCCCCACUGCACUCUGGGCUGCAGGGGCCACCCCCCUGGUGGGGGUGCCCUCAGGGAUGGGGGCAGCUCUUGGACUGGCGGCCACCCCACAGGGUACUGGAAGAUGGUGGCUCUGAGGGGUUCGACCCUAGAGAGAGAGAGAAAGGCAGAACAUUAGGAUGGGGCACAUCCCAGAACCAAUUCCCCUUCCUGCCACCCUGCCUGUGGGGAGGGCUGGCUGCCUGAACCACCCUCUGGAAGCAGGACCUUCCUGCAGACCCUUGGAGCCAGCAACCACCCCUCUAGGAACUGGGCCCAAGGAACUAGCUGGGUUGUAGGCAGAGACUAAGCUACAAGAAUGGCCUUGAGGAGAAUGGAAAUAAUCUUAGUGUCCACCUGUGGGGGACGGAUUAAA